AUGAAUUCCUUGCAUGAACAACUUGAUCAGGUGCAAAGUCCGUCGACCCCCAUCCCUCGUAUGACAUUUGAGCAUCAUCCUCUAUUAAGGCGUGAUUCGCCACCCACACCAGAGCCAACGGCAUUGAUUCAGACGAUCAACAACAAUGGAACACCACCACCAGGAUCGGCAUUGACAACAGAAGAUGCAGAGAGGCAACGACAAUGA